AUGCCCUCCCCUGUCAGUCGACCGGGGGGAAAAGCCGCUGGUCCGCCUCCCCCUCCCCCAGCCAUUUUCCACAAAGCCCUGAAAGACUUGGGGGCAAUGUCGGACCCGCCACGUCAGCUUGCUGCAGCGCGUGCUCUUCGCGAAAUUGCACGCGACUUCGAGGGGAGCCGCCCGGCCAUGGUGGAAGCGGGGGCUGUUUCCGCGUUGCUUCCGCUACUGGGACCCAGUGAAUCCUCGCAAUGUCGGCAACAGGAGGUUGAAGGUUGUGAUGGUGGGAGUUCUGGAAGAAUUACCCGGGAAGAUGGGUCGGCAGCAGCAGCAGCAGCAGCAGCAGCAGCAGCAGCAGGCGUAGGUCCGGGAGAAGUUUCUAGAACUGCAGUGAUGGAGGAAGCAAUAACUGCACUACUGAAUCUGUCCAUCCAUCCGAAAUCUCGCACACUCAUGCCCAAUCUAGGGGUUGUUCCGCAUCUGAUUCGUGUGGCUGGGAGUGCAGAAAGUAUGAGUGCACGGGAAACUGCUGCUGCUACACUGUUUAGCUUAUCCUCUGAAGACGAGAAUAAGGUGAUGAUGAUAGACGAGGGUGCUGUGCCGCCGCUGCUGGAGCUUUUAUACGAGCCAGCUUGUAGUGAGCAGGGUAAACGGGAUGCCUGCAAAGCGCUGUUCAACCUCUCCAUGCUGAAUACAAAGCGGCAACAACUGAUUGAUGCAGGCGCUAUUCCUACCCUUCUGGGGCUUCUAUCUGAACCCGCAUCGGCCAUUGCAGAGAAGGCUAUGGCCGCUCUUUCAAACCUCGCAUCUGAAGCCGAUGGCAGGGCUGCUAUUAUGGAGGAUGAAGAUGAUGGCUUGGGGGCUCUGGUGGAGGUUCUGGAGACAGGUACACCAAGAGGGAGGGAGUUUGCAGUAGCGGCAUUAUGGCAGAUUGCAAGCAACAAUGAGGAGCACAGGAGGAUGAUCCUUGGAGAGGCGCUGCUGCCUUCAGUCAAUGGUCUACUACAGACUGGCACUCCCAGGGCUAAAGAGAAGGCAAAAUUGCUAUUGGCUAAUCUCCGUGGAGUAUAA